AUGGCGACCUCCCGUGUCCUGUCGUUCGAUCCGGAGAGCCGCCCCGUUGACUUUCCAUCGUGGCUGCGGAAGCUCCGCCUCUACCUCGGAAGUCGGCUCGAAAACGACGUGCCCCUGUCUGAGCAUGUCACUGGUGAGCUAAAGGCCCCCCCUGCUCCCGAGCCCCUUGAUGCCAACCCGUCAGAGGCAGAUAAGACUGCAUUUGCCUUGGCUCGCCUUGAGCUCAGGCGCUGGGCGGCUCGUGACGCUGCUGCCAUUCUCGCCAUCAUUGACCUCCUCCCAUUGUCCGAGCAGGUGCAUUUUGGCCAAGAGGAGACGGCCAAGGCACUGUACGAUGCUGUAGUUGCACGCUAUUCCACCCCUGCCACUGCGUCCCUUGGCAGCCUCGUGCUGCCCUUUCUCUUCCCCGAUCUCCCUUCGUUCCAUAGAGUGGCUGAUCUGAUCCUGCACUUGCGCUCGCUCGAUGCUCAGUUCCGUGCUGCCGCUACUGAUCCUGACUUACUCGCUAAGAACCCGCCACCCAUAUACAUGACCCUGUGCCUUCUCGCCACACGCCUACCUGGCCGCUUCAAAUCCGCUCGUGAUUACUUUUUCACCAUUGAUCCCAUGACUCUCACUAUUGAGCUCUUUGAGGAGAGGCUCCUUGCCGUCGAGAGUCUUGCCCGCUCCCUUGCUGCCGCUAGUAGUACUGUCCUCCCCCCUAUCUUCGAAGGGUGUGCCCCGUCUUUCCUUGUCUCCUCUGUGGCCUCGGCCUCUGUUACUGAGGCAACAGAGGUGGCAACAGUUGCCUCUGGCCAGAAGAAGGGCAAGAGGGGCGGUAAGAAAGGAGGUGGGGGAGGUGGCGGUGGCGGCGGGGGUGGUGAUGGCGGAGGUGGAGGGAGUGGAGGUGGUGGCGGAGGCAGUGGAGGAGGAGGAGGUGUUGGCUACGGGGGGGUGGAGUCUCCACUGCAGCAGCAGCCACUACAGCAACAGCCACAGCAGCAGCAGCCACAGCAGCAACAGCCACAACGGCAGCCACAGCAGCAGCAGGGCCAGCAGCAACAGUUCGAGCAGUGGGGAGCGCAGCAGCAGUGGGGUUCGUUUGGACCAGGAAGCACUGGUCGCAUCGGUGGCCCACCCAGCUGGACGUCGCGUGGUCCCCCCCCUACUCCCUGCCAGUACCCAGUUCAGACUGGGAAACGUCGAGGUGGCCCCUGCGGCCGUCCCCACCCUCCGGGUCAGUGCUUUGCACUGCUCACGGAUCGCUACCGCGCACAGUUCGGCCUUGGUGGCACCGCUCCGGACUGGGCCCCGCUAGUUCGUACUCUUGACUGGGAUCCUUGUCUGUUGCUAGUGCUCCUAUUUCCAGUGAAGGUGCUUGUGUAG